CAAGUCCCACCCGUCAAAGCAAUUUUUCUAAACAACGACAAAAGAACUCUCCCAGCGUCUUCUUCUUUCUCUCUGCAGCUCGCCGGUAGUCCUCCGAUCAGCUAUUUCUCCGCCGGGAACCUUACUCCGAUGGCUCAGAAUCUCAAGGUUCUUAUCAUUGGAGGAACUGGUUACAUCGGGAAAUUCAUAGUUCAAGCCAGCGCCAAAGCCGGUCAUCCUACCUAUGCAUUGAUCCGCAAGUCUUCGCUCGAAAGCCCCUCCAAGUUACGAGUCCUCAAUCAUUUCAAAAGCUUAGGAGUCAAUUUUCUCUUUGGCGAUCUCUUUGACAAUGAGAGUUUGGUUAAGGCGAUUAAGCAGGUUGAUGUGGUGAUAUCCACUCUCGGUGGUCAUAUGGUUCCCCAUCAACAUAAGAUCCUAUCUGCUAUCAAACAAGCUGGCAAUGUAAAGAGAUUCUUUCCUUCCGAGUUCGGCAACGAUGCGGAUCAUAUCGAUGCAGUGGAGCCAGCGAAAUCAAUGUAUGCUGCAAAGGCUGAAUUUCGUAGGGCUGUUGAGGCUGAGGGAAUCCCACAUACAUUUGUGGUAUGCAAUUUCUUCGAUGGUUACUUUCUUAGCAACUUGUCUCAGCCAGAUGCAACCGUCCCACCUAGAGACAAAGUCGUAAUCUUAGGGGAUGGAACACCCAAAGUGAUUUACAACAAGGAAGAAGAUGUCGGGACGUACACAAUCCGAGCUAUAAAUGAUCCAAGGACACUCAACAAGAUCAUGUACCUUAGACCCCCAGCCAACAUCUACUCGACCAAUGAUCUCAUCUCGCUGUGGGAGAGAAAAAUUGGGAAGAGUCUUAAAAGGAUCUACGUCCCAGAGGAGGAAGUGUUGAAGAACAUCCGAGAGACUUCAUAUCCACUUAAUAUAGAAUUAGCACUCUGUCACACUGCUCAGGUGAAGGGAUCUCAAACUAAUUUUGAUAUUGAGCCAUCUUUUGGAGUGGAAGCUUCAGCAUUGUACCCAGAUGUUCGAUAUACGACUGUGGAAGAAUAUCUUGACCAGUUUGUCUAAAAAGCUAACAAACCCCCUAAAGCCUUUUUUUCCCCUUUUGUGAUUUUGGUAUAAUGGGUGUAACUUGUAAGCAGCUGUGUGUUCUGUAUUGAUGUAUAAUAAGGAAAUGCUCUCAUUUUGAAAACAGAGGUUCUUGUAGAUGGCCUCAACCAACCCAUAAUUCAGACUUUUGAAUGAGAGUUUGAAAAGAAGUUGAUUUUCAUUGUCCUUUUCUAUGAUGGUGACCGAAGCAAAAAUGUAGAAGUUCUUAGUCUCCCUCUACGAAAAA